UCCACAAUGCGGAUGACGUCAGCGGCCGGCCAUCCAGCCGGAGCUACCUCUCUAACGUCAGGCCCGAGAGCAGCUCUCCGAGUCACAGGUAUUCUCAGUAUAGGCCGCCAAGGUAUUGUGACUAUUGUACCCUCUCUCUAUCAAUCAUACGUCUAGUUCGCUGUCAGCAUGAGUGUGAAAGUUCUUGAAUGAAUGCUAUGCACUGAAGCGGAUUGAAUAACAUUUCUGUUGACUUCUGAAAGUGUAUUCAUUAGUCUAUAUAUUUUUUUAAAUUUUAUAAAUGAAUACUAGAAUCAUACAACAUCUCACCUCAUGGAUAAAAUGGGAAAAAAAAGUAAUAAUUGUAAUUUUUCUGUUCUGCUUGAUCGUUGUAAAUCAUAGAUAUUCAAAAUAGUUACUGAUUGAGUGAUUGAUUGAUGGGUUUAUGCAUGAGAGCUAUUGCUAGAAGAUGCAGAACCAUACAGCUCCAUGCGAUGACCCUCUUCAGGAGCACCCUGUGCAGUGUGAUGGCCCAGUUAGCCGAGGAGACCCAGCCGACCUUCGAGCUCACCUUGAGGUCCAGAGCUGUGUCCGAGAAAUGCAAAGUGACCUUUACCUGUGAAGUGAAAGGUCACCCUAUCCCUGAAGUGAUUUGGUAUAAAGAUGAUGUUCAGUUAGAUAGAUACUGCGGACUGCCCAAGUAUGAAAUAUUCCGCAAUGGACCAAAUCAUUGCCUGCACAUUUACAACUGUACGGUGGAGGACGCUGCUAUAUACCAGGCCUCGGCCAGCAACACUAAGGGCAUCGUGUCCUGCUCCGGGGUGCUGGAGGUAGGCCUUAUGAACGAGUACCUGAUCCACCAGCGCUACUUCUCCAAGCUCAAACAGAAGGCUGAGAACCGCCGUAGGGAUCUGGAGGGCCGCGAGAACCAGGGUGUCGCCGAGCAGGAGCCCCUCCGGAGCCUCAGCCCAGACCGCUCGCAGAGGAAACGCCGCUCCCCAAUGGCGCCCCAUUUCAGCGCCCCCGGCUCCAUGGAGGUGGUGCCGAAACCCACCAGAGAGCGACCUGAAGCUCCAGGGCCAGGGGCUGAGGCUGCGGUGGAGGCCAGGCUGCAGGACUCUACGGCUGGGGCUACGGUGGCGAAGCCUCCCCUGUUGGCCAAUGGGGAAUCAGUGGCCCCCGCCGUUAACGGACACGGGGGGGUCACGGAGAACGGGGGCAAGGGGAAUACUUACCUGUACGACUCUGUGCAGAAGGUUUUCACUCCGCAUCAACCCAAAAUCCCCUUAGGGGAGAAAAAGAUUAAGAUGUCAAACAAGGUGGAAGGUGUGAAGGAGAAUGCCCUGGGGGAGGGGGUUUCCCAAGAUGUGAGCUCAGAUGUGCAGGGCUGUGAAACACAAGCCCGCAACAAGCUGGUCAAUGCUCAGGGGUUUUCAGAGGAGGCGAUGGAGAGCUCCCCUUCCUUCACUGCUCUGGAUUCUGCACCUCCAGCAAAACCAGAACAGGGCCAGAAGAGAACAACAGAGGCAGCAUUGAAUGUCGAUAAAACUCCUUCAAAGAAGGAUGAGGUGUCUCUGGAUGGAGCUUCGGCCCGUUUAGAGAGACCUAAAAGUGCCACGCAAAAGCAAAAGCCUGUUGCUAACACACGCUCUGUUGAUGUUUCACUUGCUGGAUCUCUGCGUAAACAUAAUGGUGAGCAUGGGUCCGAAGGUAAAGAAGAUAAACUAUUAUCUCAGGGGAAAGCUGAGCACAGAGAUACAAAGAAAACCCAAUUGGAUUCAAGGUCGCAAAAGUCUCCCCAAGUUUCCCCAGCACAUCGACCACCAACACACAUAGCAACUCCCAAACAGCCCUUAAUCAGAAACCAUAAGCAGAAGGACAUUAAAGGCAGUGGUGUCACAGCGGUGGAUACUGCCAUCGGACCCGCAGCGACAGAACUUCAAACUCUGAGCACUGCACCGAAAUCAUGUACUACCGUAAACGUGGAAACCAGUUUGGUGCCGGUAACUCCAAUCAAGCCCUCAGAGCCCCCCUCAGGCCCAAGACGUCAGGGGACAACACUGCGGAGGUGUCAGUCGGCAGGGGAUGCUGAGGACGCUCUCCGCCAGUCGCCAGGGGAACAGGGAUGCAGGAAGGGAACAAACCCUUGCGUGGAGAAUGUUUCUGUGUCUGAGCCACAACAGCUGGCCGAGGUCACACAGGCCCAGGCACAGCCAAACCAGACCGAUGCACCUCCCGGCCUCAAACCGCCAGCCCCCCCACGCCCCGUGGCCGCACCCCCUCCACGAAGGACUCCGUCAGAAGAGCCUGGGGUGGCAGGAGGGCAGAAGCACAUUGAGCACCACCCUGUCCCGGGGACAAGGCGGACCGCGAGGGAUCAUUCCAGAGGAUCAAGUGAACGCAAUUCAGUCCCUUUUACAGACCCAGCGACGUUCCCGGACAGAAGUUUGGGCAAUGGACAGAGCAGCCUAGGGUGUAGCGUGUCCCAUGCCAUCCAACAUCCAGGCGAGUCAGCUGUUAAAACAGAGGAGGGGUUAGACGGACCGCUGGAGGGUGAGGUUGAUGGGCACCAGGCAGGUACGUCGCCAGUAUGUGAGGAGCGUCGGGCUCUGGGCCAGAAGAAAGUCGAGAUGGAAGUUGAUGUUGUUGUUGCCCUGAAGGAAAGGGAAAAAGCACAAAUAGGAGCCACUCUAGAUGACAGCCAAAAGGAAACUGUUUCCAUUACACGCGCAGGUGUUUCUCACACUGAAAUGAAAAAUGAACCUGUGAUAAAAUCCAGAGUUGAGACCCAUCCAAUGACGCACAAAACCAACAUAACUGGUUUUGACACCCGCAAUCAACAAGUUACAAUGGAACUAAGAAGUAUAAAUGUCCCAGACACAAGCGUAUCUGAACAACAAAUUAACCCCCUAAAGGAAUCCCACAAACCUGAACCUAAUGUUCUUUCAGUCGCUGAAAUUAUGAGAUCUCAGAUAAAGGCCCUUGACUCCAAGAUGUCAAAUCCAUCUACAGAUGAGACAAGUUCAGCUUCAGCGGAUUCCAUUGCCGCCACUCCAAUUUUUGCUUUGUCAACCAAAAAAGAAGCAGCUAAAAAGACAGUUCCAGACUUAAGAGAGGAACCUAAAAAGGUACAUGAUAUAGAGAGGGCAUUAAUGAUUGAAGUGGAAGAGAAAAUAGAGACAAAGCCCCCAGACCAACCCCCGAAACCCAGUCCCCCUAAUACUGAAGCCGUAGCCUCUUUUAAUGUCCCUCCACAGGGAGAAGACAAUGCAACGGUACAGGAUUUGGAGAAGACAGUGGAAAUAGAUCAGAGAGUAGAGGCCAUUCCUGGUUCCCCUCCCGCGGGACUAGACCCUGCGGCAGAACAGUUUGGAUUGGAACCUAGAAUAAAUCCUACAGAGUGUUCACCAGAGCCACCCCAGACUCCCACUGCCCCGAGUACUGAAGUGCUAACCUCUUCAACCAAAGGAGACGACAUUGUGAAGGGACUUGAUGUGGAGAGCACAGAAGAAAUAGGAGGCGGUGGUGUCACAGCGGUGGAUACUGCCAUCGGACCCGCAGUGACAGAACUUCAAACUCUGAGCACUGCAACGAAAUCAUGUACUACCGUAAACAUGGCAACCAAUUUUCCGCUGGUUUAUCCAAUCAAGCCCUCGGAGAGAGUAGAGGCCAUACCUGUUUCCACUCCUGCGGUACUAGACACUUCGGCAAAACAGUUUGGAUUGCAACCUAGUAUAAACCCUAAAGAGUGUUCACCAGAGCAACCCCAGACACCCACUGCCCCGAGUACUGAAGUUAUAACCACUAACCCUUUAACUAGAGGAGAAGAUAUUGUGAAAGGACUUGAUGUGGAGAGCACAAAAGAGAUGGAACCGAAAACGGACCCAAAUUCUGUUUCUACGCCUGAGGUACCAGAUAUCACGUUGAAACUGUUUGAAACACCACCAGGAAUUCAUCCACAAACAACAACAGUGUGUACGGCCGACCCAGCCCUGACUCCCAUCACUCCAGCUAUCCCCCCAGAAGCCAUCCUCUCUUUCAGCAUCCCGCCCAUAACUGUGAUUGACACAGAGAGCUUCGCAGACACUGGCAACACUUAUAGCAGCAUGGAAAAUGAAGAUAUAGUGGACACAGGCCAUGAAUGUGGAACCCCAUCUCCAGUUUCAUUGGGAAAUAUAACUGACGCACCCCCUGCUGGCGCUACGGAUCUCAAUACCACAAUUACAUGUUCUUUUAAUGCUUCUCUGGGAGGAGGGAACUGCAAAGCACUUACAGAGUCAAAUUUGUCUGUUACCAUGACUCAGGAACAUAGGAAGCCUCCCUCAAGUGUGGAGACAGGGAUUGACACUGCAGAGUUGUGUUGUACAGGAGACUCUAGUGAGAUAAUUGGUCCUUCCUUAGAACAUCACAGUCCACAACACUUGGUACUGGUACAAGGUACUGAUGAAGGAUUUAAACAGAUCCCAAAUCCGGAACUUCAACUUAACAUUGAAAGUAAUUUGAAAAGCAUGCCUGUACUUUCUACGACAUGUGUUGACGCGCAGAAGAUACCCGAGCUUAAUAGAAGCAGUGUAGAGACCAAACAAGUGAUUGACUCUCAGCAGGAGAGGAACCUCUCCAUCAUUGAGCCAUCAACGACGGCGAUAGCCCCUCAGAUGUCUUCUUUGAACGAUGAAGCCCCCCUACAGGAGGUUAAGAGCGAUGCUCCGACCUUCUCUUCCGCUACCCCAAAGGAACUGGCCUUGGGAGCACGACGAAAAAUCCUAAUCCCCAAACCGAAAACGGUCGAGGACAAUCCGACUAGCCCAAAAGCCGUUGACAGGGAACUUCAGAGCGAGGAAGUUCUCCCAAAGCCCAGCAAGGUGCUCCCGGGUGCUGCGACUCCGUACCCCCUCUCCGUACCCCCUAGUCCGUCUCAGCAAUCUCUCUUAGCUGUUGAGCCCAUCGGCCAGCGGACUCCGCCAGUGAGGAGGCGGUCACCGCUGUUGAGCAGGAAGUCGGUGGCUCAGGAGACCCCAGGAGGGGGAAAGGAAUCCCUGCAGCAGCCCCAGGCCCAAAGGAGUGAGGAGAAGUCUGCAGAGAAGGAAAAGCCUGACCCGUUCAAAGCUCCUCAGGUCAUCCGUAAGAUUAGAGGUGAGAGCUUCUCGGAUGCCUCGGGACACCUGAAGCUGUGGUGCCAGUUCUUCAACGUCCUGAGCGACUCUGUUAUCAGCUGGUAUAGGGACGAUGUGGAGGUAGUUCAGGUGAAUCGAAGUGCAGGAGAUGAGACCCCAGUAAACCUUGCUAUUGUCCAAGCAUCAAAGAGAGACUGCGGGGUUUACGGGUGCAAGAUCACCAACGACCAUGGCACCGACAUCACCGACCUCCUGCUGAGUGCAGAAAUCCUUGGGGGGAUGCGGCUGCGUGAGGACCUUGGUGUGGGAGAGGAGAUUGAGAUGACUCCGCUCCUGUUGAAUAAGGGCGUCGCCGACAGCGGGGUCUGGGGCAACAAGUUCUUUGGGCGUGUCAUGGUGCAGGAGUCUCAUAUUGGAGGUGGCUGUUCCCGCAAAACCUGGAGAGCCAAGGUGGUGUACGGCCUGGAGCCCGUGUUUGAGUCCGGCACCACUUGUGUGAUAAAAAUGUGCAACCGGAUCGCCUAUGGAGGCAAAGGAGAGGCCCAACUCACAGAGAGGAAUGUGGAAAUGGAGAGACAGAGAUGUAGAAUUCAGAGUCUGGCUCGGGAAUAUUGUAAGAUCUUCUCUGCGGAGUCAAGAGUGGUUGAAAACUUUGGUCCGUGCCUUGAGGUCAUUCCAGUCUACCUGAUGUACCGGCCAGCCAACACCGUGCCCUACGCCACAGUGGAGACAGACCUGAAGGGGGUCUACCUGAAGUACUGUAAGCUAAGUGCUGGGAACGGGCUAGUCUCCAGGACUGGCUCUGAGGUGGAGCUGAAAUGCUGUGCUCUGCAGCACUGGAUCCAUCAGUGGACCAACGGGAACCUGCUUUUCACUCAGCUGGAGGGUGUGGACAAUAAACUCACCAAUGUUGGAAUAUCAAUCAAAUCAACUGGGUAUCAGGGCCUGUCAGCCGUCGGGAAUCCGGACCUCUUGGAGCAGUUUGUGUCCCAGCACCAGUGUAACUACUACUGUGGACUGCUGGGCCUUAGGUCCCUGAAGCCCACAGACUCUCUGCAGACGCCGUCCUCCAAGUCCAGGGGCUCCAAAAGCCCCCUGCUGCAACGCAAGACGGCGGCUGGCACACACAGCCCUGGGACAGCCAGGAGAGCGGCCCUCAGCCCCCGGCUACCCAGGAAGGCUGACGGGGAACAGGAUAGGAGCAAGAGUCCUAUGAAAGCAAAAGAGGAUAGCCCCUCAAACAUAACGAGUUAAUAGCAGCCUCCUUAAGUCUCUCACCUCUCGGGAGAUCCCAAUGAGAGGAUCGUGAAGUGCUGGUUGUGCAGAAGAGAACCAGAUCUCAGGCCAGUAGGCUGGUGGAUGUGUGGGUGCAGAUCCCUACUGCUAGGAAGAGGAGGUGCACCCGUUUCCUUGAGCUUUAUCCCCCCUAAAGGGGGUUGAGAGGAGAAUAAUUAACUUGUUAAGGAUGUUGACUAAACCUGGGUACCUUAUUGGCACUCAAACAACAUUUAAAAUGAUCACCAGAAAACCACACAAAAGAAUGGCAUAGAUUGUUAUCCUGAUUUCACCAAAGGUCAAAAAUAAUUGAAAUUAACUUUUGUAGUAAUUAAAAUGUCAAACUAUUAAUUAAAAUGUAAUGAAAUAAAAGAAUAAUGUUCGAUGA